CUCCCAGUGCCAGGGCUCAGCCCAGUCCAAAGUCACAGCGGUGGCACAGCUCUGAGGUGGCCAUGCUGGAUCCCCAGGCACUCCCCAGCCCCAGCGCGGCUCUGGCAGGCAGAGCAGAGCGGCUGCACGUGGAGGCCACUCACGCCGUCACUGGGAAUCCCACGCUGCCUCCUUUCCCCCCUGAGAUGCAGACGGCGAUUUUUGGCAUGGGUUGCUUCUGGGGAGUGGAGCGGCUCUUCUGGGAGAUGCCGGGGGUCUUCUCUACCCAGGUGGGAUACGCGGGGGGCUUCACCCCCAAUCCCACCUAUGAGGAAGUGCGCUCAGGGCAGACGGGGCACGCUGAGGUGGUGCAGGUGGUGUUCAACCCCAACAAGAUCAGCUAUGAGGAACUGCUGAAGGCUUUCUGGGAGAACCACGACCCCACACAGGGGAUGCAGCAGCAGGAGGACGUGGGCACCCAGUACCGCUCCAUCAUCCUCACGCUGAACCCCCAGCAGCAGGCGGCCGCGCUCCGCAGCAGGGAUGCUUACCAGCAGGAGCUGAGCCAGCAGCACCGAGGGGACAUCACCACCACCAUCGAGCCAGCAGGUGACUUCUACUACGCCGAGGACCACCACCAGCAGUACCUGCACAAAGUGCCCGGGGGGUACUGCGGCCUGAAGGGCACCGGGGUCCCCUGCCCCGUUGUGCCCUGAAUUCACCGUGCAUCCCCAGCACGAUGUCCCCGUGUCCCCGCAGUGCCACCCAAGCUCCUUGCUGGGAGAUUAAAGCUGCAUCCCCUCCAUCA